AAUUAACAGGCAAACUUUUGAAGGGUGGUGAACCUGACUUGAUGACUGCAGCAAAGAUGGUCCUUCAUGACUGGAAGAGAGGUAGAAUAGCUUUCUUUGUCCCCCCACCAUGGCUAGAAGAUGACUCCCGAGAGGAGCCUAAUGCAGAUAGUGUAAAUGAGGAGGCUGCAGAGGAUGAUAAUCAAGCAUCUGCGGCUUUUAGAGCCAUUGCGAAUGUCAUUUCAUCCCAGCAACAAAAAAGUGUCCCUGUCCAAAGGGAUCUUUUUAGUGAGAAUAAGUUGAGAGAUGAUGGAGCUGACCAGUGUCUGACUGCUGGGUGUGAGAAGCCUGAGCAGCCAUCAGGGACGGAGGAUGAAAUGGAUGACGAGCUUCCAACUAAAGGAGGCGAAAUAGAUGAGAAAGUUGAAGCAACUGAAUAAGGUGGGUUAGCAUUUUCUUUUGUGGUUUCUCUAUCUAGAGAGAUUAAUUUUGAGGUCUUUGGUAGGUUACAUAGUUUUUGCUUGACGAGAAAAUUUGUAUGGUGCAUUUUAAGUUCAAUAAUAU